AAGGGCGGAGCCUGGCCCUGGAGCCACGUCUAGAGAGCUGUUCUCCUAAUAUGGGUAGGGUCGGGCGUGGAGCUGGCAGCGGCGCUAUGUGCGCCUGCGCGGGGCGCCGAGACAGGGCGUGUUCCCUGUUCAGUGCCGGUGUUGCAGGGAGUGAGGGCAGCCGGAGUGCGUCCUGCCGAAGCCUGUGGUUGCACGCCCACCCUCUUAAGGGCUACCUUCCGUGACCAUGUCCAAGUCUCUGAAGAAGUUGGUGGAGGAGAGCCGGGAGAAGAACCAGCCCGAAGUGGACAUGAGUGACCGGGGCAUCUCCAACAUGCUGGAUGUCAACGGCCUGUUUACCUUAUCCCAUAUCACACAACUGGUCCUCAGCCAUAACAAGCUAACAAUGGUGCCACCAAACAUCGCAGAACUGAAGAAUUUGGAAGUGCUCAACUUUUUUAAUAACCAGAUCGAGGAGCUGCCCACACAGAUCAGUAGCCUUCAAAAACUCAAACACCUGAACCUUGGCAUGAACAGGCUGAACACUUUGCCACGAGGCUUCGGCUCCCUGCCAGCUCUUGAGGUUCUGGACUUGACUUACAACAACUUGAGUGAAAAUUCUCUUCCUGGAAACUUCUUCUACCUGACCACCCUGCGUGCACUCUAUCUAAGUGACAACGAUUUUGAAAUCCUGCCGCCAGAUAUUGGGAAGCUCACAAAGUUGCAGAUACUCAGCCUUAGGGAUAACGACCUGAUAUCGCUGCCUAAGGAAAUCGGGGAGCUUACCCAGCUUAAAGAGCUCCACAUUCAGGGGAACCGCCUCACCGUUCUGCCCCCAGAACUAGGAAACUUGGAUUUAACUGGCCAGAAGCAGGUAUUCAAAGCAGAGAACAAUCCUUGGGUGACCCCCAUUGCAGACCAGUUCCAGCUUGGCGUGUCCCAUGUUUUUGAGUAUAUCCGUUCUGAGACAUACAAAUACCUCUACGGCAGACACAUGCAGGCCAACCCAGAACCACCGAAGAAGAAUAAUGACAAAUCGAAAAAGAUCAGCCGGAAACCCCUGGCAGCCAAGAACAGAUAAGGAAGGGAUUGGCAUCGGCUGGCCCUCCAGCACCUUCUCUCUCCAACACUUCAUUCUCUCUUGCUCUGUCUCUCAAACACAAUGCGUGUGUGGCCUUUUUUAUUUUUCUUUUCACUCUCUAAUGCCUCCCACCUUACCUUUUAGAUUCUUUUGCUAGGUGGGAGAUUGUUAUAAGGUCUUUAAACCAUUUCCAUUUGUUUCUUUAAAAUUACCAAAAGCAGGGAACAAAGCUCUUAUUCAACUGCAAAUUCCAUAGUGGGCUCAGGCUUUUCUUGAAUAGAAAUCACAAGGUUGCUUAUUAUCAAAAGAAUAAUUAAAAUCAUGUAACCAUUUAAAUGUCACUGUUACACUUUUCACUCUUUCUGUUGAUUCACAUAACUCAUUAUUUUGCUUUAUUAAAAGUCUUCUUUCAACACCGAGAUAUGUUAAUUUAACUUACAAAUGAUUUUAAUAAAAUCUUGAGUUUGUAUCACAUGUUACUUAUUGACUCAGAAUAAAAGAGCAGUCUGAUCUUGGGGUAUAACACAUUUUCAUUUACUUUUCUCCCCCAAAAUCAUCUUGUCCAAUUUUAUUGGUUAUACAUGAUAAACUUUUCAUGAAAGAAAUGCAAAAUUAAAUCACAGUUCGUUUCUUCUCACA